AUGGUGGCUUGUGCUGCGUUGUCGUCCAUACAGCCUCCAAAUCAGUUGGCGGUGCCGAUGACUACGUGUGCUCAAACAGUCGAAGACCUAAAGGAGCGUUUGCUCUUUGCUGUUGAAAAUGAAAAGGAAGAACUGUGCGAAACAAUUCUCGACGAGAUUUUCAAGGCAGUCACGACACGGGAGAUCUUGGAGAAAUCAAGAGUCGGCUUCCAUGUAAAUAAUUUGCGUAAGAACUAUCUCAAAAAGUGGCCGCAUCUCUCAAGAAAAUGCCGUGAAAUAAUCAAACAUUGGCAGGAGGUUGUGAGCGAUGAGAGGAGGCCUCAGAGUGGUGCCUCGUCAUCAAACACAACACCAAAUUUGGUGUCGCCGAGUGUUGCAAAGCUGGCGCGACGCGGAAUUACUCCAAACACGCCAGUCAAUCGUCGAAUAACGUCGACGGGUUCGCAAAUGGGUGAACUCACCGCGCUGGUGUCGCCGGCGAACGGCUCCUACGCGCCUCGCAGCGAAAUUUCGCCCAACUCAACGAACACGACAACAACAUCGUCGACGAAUGGAAUUCACAAAUCGAAAUCCGUUGGAGUCAACCUCUUAAACCAUUCAGCUCCGUUGACGCCCAACGAUGAGAAGAAUCGAAAGCGAAAAGCUGACGAACCAGUUUCGAUUACAACCGCAACAAUGAAGCGGACUAAAACGACAGCUGGAUCCCUCGUCUCACCGUCGACGCCACAAUCUGUGUCGGCGGCGCGGAAGGCUGUGCAAAGCACAAGCGCACUCGUCGCGCAGCUCAGUCAGAACUUACCUCAACAUAUGAGUAUCGAUACCACGAUCAAAGAACACGAGGAAAAAGUGAAGCGUGAGCAUAAAGACGAAGAACUCGCUCAUCAAAUUCAAUCUUCUUCGAGUUUAUCAAACUUCCAAGGCGAACGAAAGAAAAGGAAGUAUGAGCGAAAGUCGAAGAUAAAUGAAGUUAAAACAGAAUCACCUGUACCGCCAGCUUCUGAAGAGCGUCGUGAAGGUCUUCUUAUUCGAUUUAAUCGAAAUUCUGGAGUGGCUUCGACAUCAACCUACUCAAUCGAUGAUACAUAUGAAAAUACUCGCUCUAUACCAAAAGAAACAACACCACCGCCAGUUUUUAAGCAGGAAGAAGGAGUUGACGAAGUUGAUUCGAAACCUCCUAAAAAGCCGUCGUCAAGCAGAAAGGAUUGGAGUUCCCUGAUUCCAUCUCUCGAAGAAUUGAAAAUUCGAGCAGCGGCGGAAGAAGAACGAACAAAAGAAUUAUGCAAACAGAUGAAUGAAAACACGAAGAAAAAUCCGACGAAGGUUCAAUUCAUCAAGGAUUACCGUCGUCCGAUUUUCAUGCUACCUUAUUUGGAUUAUAGCAGCGGCCCCGAUUUUAUAAAGCACAAGUAUGAAAAUAGUGAACAAUAUUAUUCGGAGGACAAUUUUCGAUAUGGCAGCGAGCGACCUCAUUGA